UGGAUGUGUGUGUGUGCGCGCGCGCUGACAAGAAUCCUAUAGAACAUUUAUGCGACAUGAUAAAGAUAGUCAACGUGGCAGCCAAGAAAAUGAGAAGCUUCAACCUUUCAUCCAAAAAACUUUGCUGCAAGCGAAGGGGGUCUAGAGCCAAGAAUCUAUCACGCUGACCGAUCGGCUACCGCGGACCCCACAAAUUUUUGUUAAAAGGUUUAAUAAUGAGUCUGGCCAGAUAGCGAUAAUGAAAGGGCUCAUCGCUUGGACGGUUUUACUGGCGACAUUCGUUUUCACCAAGGCAGAAGGAUGCCAAUUCUACCCCCAAGGAGAGUAUCUGAGGUUCGUGAGAGUGCCGGAAUCCCUGGAAGUUGGCGAUGAAGUCCUUCUUGUUGAAGUUCACCCUCGAAGAAAUCUUUCUAUACAAGCAGUAGAUCAAAAAGAAGAUGCUCACUUUUUCAAAUUCAAAGCGGUCAACAGGACGCAUAUAUCUCUUAGGCUGGCACAGUCGCUUGAAAAUUUAGUGGACAACCCUGUACCGCAGAAUGUGUUGAAAUUCAGGCUCGUCUGCGACUACCAGGACGGCGAAGAUACGAUCAAUUCAUAUUUGUCAGCGACGGUGUAUGUUGAGGACGUCAACGAUCAUGGGCCUGUAUUCGUCGAUGCGCCGUACCACGUCAACGUUGACGAGUUGACUCCGACAGGUCUGACGGUAUUCAGGGGGAUCCACGCUGUGGACAUGGACAAGCCGAAUACGCCCAAUUCCGAGCUGGUCUACAGCCUCUCCGGAGGGAACGUCGGCUCCAAGUUCUCCCUCGAAAUGCAAGGGCAACGACCGGCCUUAGUCCUUAAGAGGUCCUUGGACUACGACGACGGCGACAAGCAGUACAAACUCAUCGUGACAGCGUCGGAUAGGGGUUCACCGCCAAGGAGUGCUACGACGACGGUUUCCAUAAGCGUUAACGACAGUGACGACCUCAAUCCAACAUUCACAAAAGAUGUCUACAAAACGCAGAUCACCGAGACAUACCCGAUGACGGGGAAGAAAAUCCAUGUGCCUCUGCUUUUCGCCCCGAGAAUAAAGGCCUAUGACCAGGAUUUGGCGAUCAACGCGACUGUCAGGUACGACAUAAUCACAGGCAAUGACAAGCAUCUCUUCUACUUGGAUCCACAGAACGGCACUCUUUUCCUGGAGAAAGAAAUUGACUUGGACACAUUGCCCGGAAUGCUGUUCACACUUCAGAUUCAAGCGACUCAGCUCGAUAACCCUUUGAAAACGGGAGUAGCCCGAGUUGAAGUGGAGGUGCUCGAUUUGAACGACAACCAGCCACAAUUCGAAGUGGAAAUGUACAACAUAAGCAUAGUUGAAAAUUUGCCCAACGGCUUUAGCGUGCUGCAAGUCAUAGCGGCGGACAUAGACCAAGGUGAUAAUGGUGAAUUUGUGUACCAUCUGGUUGACCCAAGCCAAGCGUUUAGCAUUGACAGCAGGACCGGCUGGCUGACAGUCCGCAAUCAGGCGAAGCUGGACAGAGAGGUGAGGCCGACUCUAAACAUGCGUGUUCUGGCAAGAGAGAAGAUGCCCAGCCUAGUUUCAGCAAGUAGCGAUUCGUAUGUCAACAUCGAGGUGACGUUGCUGGACGCCAACGACAACAACCCGACUUUCGUUCCGAGCAAUCUUUACGAAUUCACCAUUUCCAACGUCGCGCCUAUCGGUUUCAUGGUGGGCAAGGUGGAAGCAUCCGACCCCGAUCUCGGCAGGAAUGGCAUGGUCCUGUAUGAACUGAAGAGAGGCAACAAGACCUCCCAUUCCGUACCUUUCAUAGUACAUCCAAAAAGCGGAGCCAUCACCAUCGCCGACAGCCCUAUUCCGAUGGGAAGGAAGGCUCUCUUUGUCGAGGCUUCAGACCAACCGGCCAACCCCAGCGAAAGGAGAUUCUCAUUGGCAGUUGUUACUAUAGACGUCGUCGUUUCAGAUAAAAUGAAUAUUCCUCCGGAUUUUGUUGGCGCCCCUUACGAGUUUUGGGUUGGUGACGACGUCCCGGUUGGAACGAGCAUUGGACAAGUCAGAGUGACGGAAGCAAUUGACAAAUCCAGGGCCAUCUUCGAUCUUCUUCAUAGCUACCAUGAAGGAGUACCUUUUGCAAUCGAGGAAAGAUCCGGAACAAUAUCUGUUAUCGAUGAAAUAAGUAAAUAUGAGCAUAAUAAAUAUGAUUUUGAGGCAGUUGUCACUGAUGAUAGGAGUGUCUCGAUAGUCACAAAUCUUACAGUUCAUAUAGUCGAGUCACAAAUGAGCAAUAUGGAUAAGACAAGUCUGUUGGAGUUCAAAGUAAGAGAAAAUAUAUCUGGAGCUAUGGUCGGUCGCAUUGUAGUAGGUCCAGGAAAAGACUCGAGAAAUAAACCCUUGAAAUUCUCAAUCACUGACCAUGAAGACAGUUCAAUGUUUGCUGUAUCGCAAGACGGCACUCUGUACACACAAAGAAGUCUAGAUCGAGAAUACAGGGAUUCUUAUUUUCUCACAGUAAUUGUCCACAAUGGGCGAGGCGAUCGAUACUAUCAGGUUCACGUGACUGUUGAGGAUGAAAAUGAUAACGCACCAAUGUUUGAUAGAAACUGGUAUGAAGGGCAUAUAAGGGAAGAUUGCAGAGUAGAAUGUGAAGUCAGACUUGAUCAUAUCAUCAGAGUAACAGAUCCAGACAAAGGGCCUAAUUCUGAAUUUAUCGUGAGCCUACAAGGCGAUGGAAGUGAGAUUUUCCAACUGACUAGAAAUGGAAAAAUCGUUUUGAAAGCCCCACUAGACAGGGAGACUAAAGAAACUUAUUCACUCACACUCGUGGCGAAAGAUAAAGGAAACCUCAGUUCUCAAAUAAAACUGACAAUCCAUGUUGACGAUGUCAAUGAUAAUACACCACAAUUUGUGCAGAUGCUUAUACCUCAUGAAGGUACGAUAAAAGUUAUCCCAGGGUCAAAACGUGCUCUUCAGAUUGUCUUGGGCAAUGAAACCAUUCCAUAUCCCAAAGACAACAGAAAGAAAAAAGACUUCACCACAAUUAUUUUGCCAGAGACGCUAAAGAUAGGCAGGGUUGUUUUCCGAAUUCUUGCAGUCGAUAAAGAUUUAGGCGAUAACGCCACACUCAAGUAUGUUGUCGACAGUGAGACAUUUAUUCCCAAAGGUCCAUUUACAAAAGUGUUCAACACACAUCACUUUGCCAUUCAUCCUAUGAAUGGAGAGGUCACAGUUGCUGCUCUUUUGCCACCAGAGUCUGAGUUUCUUGUUAAUUUCACUGUGAACGAUGGAGGAGGUCUUAAAGAUUGGCUUGUUGUAAGAUUUAACAUUGAAGAUGUAAAUGAUAACCCACCAGUUUUUGAUAAAGCCCGGUAUGAUUUUACCAUCCAAGAAGGUAAUUAUAACAAAUUUCUUGUGGGAAGAGUAUUGGCAAAAGAUGAGGACUACGGUGCAAAUGGAAACAUAAGUUAUACAAUUUUGCAGAAAAGAGAUAACACCACACAUCUCCCUUUUAGCAUAACAAGUCAGGGCGACAUACAUAUAUCAGGGAAUUUAGAUAGAGAAAUCAAAGAUAGAUAUUCAUUUAAAAUCUUAUCUCAAGACAAUGGGCCUUUAGAAAAAAGGCAAAGAGCUACAGCGGAAGUUGUCAUACACAUCUCAGAUAUAAAUGACAAUGCACCUAUUUUUUAUGGAUUUGACAGAGUUUUACAAACAGCACCAUCAGAAUACAGCAGCAUUGAUUUUGAUCCGGAACAAUAUGAACCAGCAGUUAUGAUCCCAGUCUACUUUGCUUCAGUAGUUGAAAACAGUGCACCUGGCGUUCCCAUUGCAAAGAUCCUAGCAAAUGAUUCUGAUUUGCCUGAUAACGGAAAUGGAAUUAUUCUAUAUGACAUUCCUAGAAAGAAAAAUCACAGACAGUUGUUUGCAAUCGAUAAAGAGGGUGUUGUUACUGUAACAACUUUUCUGGACUAUGAGGCGCAAAGCUCUCACAACGUUACCAUAAUUGCUUCGGACCUUGGUCAACCUAGCAUGAGCUCAACAGCCCUGUUAAUAGUUACUGUAGUUGAUGUAGUAGAAAAUGUUGAGGAAACUGUUAAAACAUUAGUUCCUGUAAAUUAUUAUGAACUGGAGGUUGAAGAAAACUGUGCAGUUCCUUUGGAACUUCUUAAAAUUAAUGUCACCAACAAUGACAUGGACUAUAAAUUCAGCCUCAUUCCAACCGUGGAUAUGAGUGCAUUCUUGAUAAAUCAAAAAAACGGUACUCUGUAUUUGACAGUAAGCCCAGAUAGAGAGGUCGUUCACAUAUUACAGGCUAAAAUCAAAGUUACAUUAAUCAAAAGAGCCAAAAAUAUGGCACAUGUAGUUUAUCCCAUUUAUCCCAAUGAUCUGAACAGCAAUGAAGUGAAAGUAAUUGUAAGAGUGAAAGAUGUAAACGACAACCCACCCAAAUUCAAAACUAGUGGUAGGCCUUAUGUAGCUGCAAUCCCAACCACAGCCACAUAUGGAUAUCCAAUAAUAAGGCUUCAUGCGACAGAUAAUGAUGAGGGAAUCAAUGGUCAAGUGAGAUAUCACAUGCUGACCAGAGACGACUCUGAGCCUACAAAAUUCGCCAUCGAUCCAAUAAGUGGUCAAGUCAGAGCAAUAAUGAAUUUUGAAGGUGAAAGCGGAAAAGUGUACGGUUUCGACGUUAAAGCUACAGAUCGAAGGGGCAUGGACGAUGGCCUUUCUACCAUAGCCAAUGUUUUUGUUUAUGUUCUUGAUGAGCAAAAAAAAAUUGUGAUGGUGAUGGGUGCUAAGCUACUUGAAAUCGAACAUAACAUAGAUAACAUUACAGGAGCUCUUUCAAACGUCACUGGAUUGGAUGUAAGGGUAAGGAAAUUGGAGCCACAUGAUUCUAAAGAUGCAACUGACAUGUAUUUAUAUGCUGUUGAUCCUUUAAUGAAUGUAAUCCUUGAUUCUGAAACAUUUAACCAAGUUUUGAAAGCACAUCCUAACGAAGUGAAAAAAGCUAUCGAGCCAUACCACAUGCUUUCAAUAAUGUUACCAGAAUCUGAUGAAAACUAUUUGAAAAAAAACUAUUCCCAGAGCUAUAUCAACUUAUCAGGGCUUGAACUUGCGACAAUUGCUCUAGGCUGCAUUGUCUUCCUCGGUGCAGUAACUUCAGUCUUCUGUGUAAUUUGCCUUCACAAGCGAAGGUUUGUAAGGAUUUUAAAACUUGAAGCAAAGAAGAAGAAAGACAUGUUCAAUGUUGGCAUAACGCCUUUGAGCGCGGACCUUAUGUUUCAUAGUAAAGAUCAUAUGGACACAAAGCAAAGAUCGAUGUUCCACCUCAACACAUUUGUUGAAGAUUCUACAGAUAGUUAUGUGUCAAAUAGGUCGGACUGCCAAAGAUACCGGCGACCACAGAGGAGGCACCGUCAUCUGUCAACCUGCCCGAGACAUCAAUCACGGCGAAGAGUGAUUGAAAAAGCACCAAGCACUACUUUGCUUAAAAACAGCUUAGCCAGUGUUCACUCAAGUGGGAGGGACUCGGGAAUUGUUGAGCCACACCAUGGCUGCUGUCCAUGUGGACAUUCCUCCACUCAUUCCUCAGCCAAUAGCAGCCAAGGAAGUUAUGAAGACUCGUUAAAAAGUCUUCACAGACAGCACAGCCGAAGUUCAGGAAGCCCUGAGGCCUGCAUUGGACACCAAUCUGCAACCAUCGGACGAAGAAGGAGCCUGAGGGGAAAUGAAAUAAUUAGAGCUUACCCACCGCCAGUCCCUCCUCCAAUUAGCAGGAGGCCAAGUGUUGAUCGUUCCUCUUGGAAAUAUAACUGAUUACUUUGCACUUCUACAAACAAGUUUAUGGGACUAAUUUCUAUUAAUGACAGCUGAAUGAAGACAACACUUUUACCAGAACUACUCUUACCACUGACUUUACAAUUUUUGAUUUUUUUU